AUGGCCGUUUCGGAAAGCAUCAAUCUGGUUGACGCCAGCAUAUCCGACCUGAAGCGCGCCCUGGAGUCGGGCAGUCUCACGAGUGUUGAACUCAUCACUCGCUACCUGCACCGAAUUGCCAAAUAUGACAUGCGUGGGCCCGUACUCAAUUCCAUCCCUGUUAUCAAUCCUCAUGUCUUGGAGGACGCACAAGCAUCGGAUGACUAUCGCGCAUCUGGAAAGACUCCUCGUCCGUUGGAGGGGAUCCCGUUCACCGUCAAGGACAGCUUUAGAGUCAAGGGAAUGACUGUCGCCGCCGGCUCGCCGGCAUUCGCAGAUUUGGUUGCCUCCGAUGACUGCUUCAUUGUUCAGCAGCUGCGUGAGGCCGGGGCGAUUGUCCUAGGCAGGACCAAUAUGCCCGCCAUGGCAGACGGUGGUUGCCAACGUGGCUUAUACGACAGGGCAGAAAGCCCCUAUAACCCAGCUUUCUCCACAACAGCUUACGCUUCUGGGUCAUCAAACGGCUGCGGUACAUCGACGACAGCUUCGUUUGCUGCAUUUGGGUUUGCAGGCGAGACUGUGUCGUCUGGACGUUCCCCAGCUUCAAACAAUGCGCUAGUAGGCUACUCGCCCUCGCGUGGCGUGAUCCCCAUCCGGGGCCAGUGGCCAUUGUAUCCCACUUGCGACGUGGUUGUGCCCCACACAAAAUCGCUAUCCGAUCUUUUCGACGUCUUGAAUGUCAUAGUCGCUGAUGAUGCCGACGUUCGGGGCCUCGACUUUUGGAGAAGUCAGAGCCAUAUUUCCAUCCCUGCGGCUUCAAGCAUUCGUCCCACCGACUUCCACAGCCUUGAAGACGCUAAAGCACUUCAAGGAAAGCGCAUUGCAGUGCCGAAAUGCUUCCUUGGGGUUGAAGGGUAUGGAUUGACCUCAAUGUGCUCUGAGGAAGUGCUUCGCCUAUUUCGCGCCGCUCUACGAGAUCUUGAAGCUCUCGGCGCCACGGUUGUUGAGACUUCGUUUCCAUUGUAUGCGCAGUACACAAAGCAGGACUUCCCGGGCCAAGCGACCAAUGUACCCGGCCUGACCAACGAUUGGAUGAGCAUUGAGAGGUGCCAACUUAUCGCCAUGGGCUGGGACGAUUUCCUACGCGAUAACAAGGAUCCAAAACAUCCCGACCUACCUUCUGUGGACCCAUCAAAAAUACAUCCUCACAUUGCACCUCUGGAUGAUCCGUCGGCGCACUCGGAGGCUCAAAACCAAGUUCGUUAUCCCGAGAUGAUCGACUCAGUAAGAGUGCGGAAUUCAACACCAAGCACCCUGCCUGGUUGUGCAGAAGCCUUGGAGGCUUUGGAGGCUAUGACGAAAAAGUUCUAUGAAGAUUGGAUGGAUGAGAACAGAUAUGACCUUCUGGCUUUCCCGACAAACGGCGACGUUGUAGCUGCUGACGCGGACGAGAACAUGGAGUCAAUGAUUCACGCACUCCAGGAUGGCAUCAAAUACUCGAACGGUGGGAGGGCUCUCAAACACCUUGGCGUUCCUUGCAUUACGGUGCCGAUGGGAGAGAUCAAAGACAAGAAGAUUCCUGUAGGCAUCACAUUUGCCAACAAGGGUUGGGCUGAUUCGGAUUUGCUACGAUACGCCUUUGCGUAUGAGACUGCGUCGAAACGACGCACAUCGCCGCCGUUGGCCCCAUCUUUGCCAACUGAUCUCAUCGCCAUUCGAGGUGACUCUCCAGCACAAAACCGGGGAGCCAGCCAAAAGGCGCUUCUGAAGGUCGAGUCUGUGACCUCAGAUAAGGAAGAUGCCGCAGAGCAACAUGUUCGCCAUGUCUCAAUUCGGGGUUCUGUGGAGUUCGACGACCCCGUCGAUACCGUGUCCGCAUAUGUUGAUGGCGAGCCCGUCGAUAACCUGCUCGUCGAUGGUAGCCAAUGGUCUUUUGAUGGACGCAUUGCGCGUCCCAUCAGACAUGACAAGUACCCUACGUCAGUGAAGCUGCCGAGAGAUCACAUAAUGGUCACUGUCAUCGCGAAAGCGGCGAACGGUAGGAGUGCUGCGCAGUAUAUAAUGGUUGAAUAA